AUGGGGCCUCCUCCCCCGGAGGCAGUGCAAUCCUGGCGACCCAUGAGCCAGGCGAUCUCAAGCGCAGUGGCAAACGAACUGGCCUUCAGGGGGAUCCACCUUCAACGCUCUUUGGCACUGAUCUCAGGAGACCUCUCCACCAUGGAUUCGGUCCGCAUCGAUGUGCAGUAUCUAGGCAACCGCCUAGCGCGGUCGCACCCGAACACAUUGCACUUUGAGCAGUUUGCUGAAGAGGGUGAGGAAGAGGAAGCCGUGGCGGAUGAAGCCACAGUGGAAGCUGAGGCCGCAACGGGGGCCUCGGCGGAUCCCAACCAGUCGGAGGCGGCCAUCACCCGGACGAUUGUGGCAGCCAUGGAAAGGGACGGCAGAGAGGCCAUGACGGCGGAGGAGGAGGCUAGUUUGAUGCAUGACCCAGCCCUUCGUGAUGUGAUCAAUAGCUUGGACACGGAAGAGCGGGCGGCGGUUACAUGGGGACCAGGGGCUACGCCUACGACGACCAUAGCAGUCUCUGGCUCUUCGGGCUCCGGUUCUGCACGGGCUUCCGCAGUGGCGCCGCACACCCCACCCAACUUCACAGAUCGAGCUCACGGAGGGGCCACAGCAAAGCCGAAAGUCCGGCGAAAGUGGGAGCCUCAUUUGAUGGCGAUCGUGACUCUGUGUCUAGGUUGGUUAAUCAAUCCUGGCAAUCCCUGCUCUUUAGCCCAGCUUCUGCCUCCCCGCUCAGGCGACAGCACAGUGAAAGCACGAUGUAGUUCUGUUUUGAGGGCAGGGCCUAGCAGGAAUACUCCUGCGAAACGGGCUUUCAAUGUCGCACUUGCACUGUACACCUGGCGACCGUGGAUCAAAAAGUAUGCUGAUGCCAAGUCGAUUGCCAGUGAGAUAGUGAUCGCUGACACUACAUGCCUGACAUGCAGCCGGGUGGCCAGGUACUCUAUCUGCGCAUCCUUGGAUACCUGCGCGCGAACCUUACCAGGAAUGGCUCGGGUGUCCUCCGUGUGGCUUACGAUCAGAAACCAUGUACUCUGGAUACACAGGUCUCUCUCCGAGUUUCUCAAGCUCAUUCUUGGAGGACCUGCUCAACGGUUGGCGGCGGGGCUCUCAUUAUUUAUCGCAGUCUUUGCCAACAUGCUACUGCAACCGCGAUCAGCACGGGGGACAGGUUUAUGCUCUUUCCCGGUUCCAUCGAGAAACAGCCGCACCGGUCCCAAUUCCGGUGGUGCUUACGGCAGGCCGAUUGGAAGAGUUCAGUUCGGUCUCAUCAUGUUCAUGAAUCAGGUUGUGAUGAAUAGAUCCGUAAGCACAGACGUGAAGGUUGGCGGUCCUUCUGAUAUGCCGCCUGGAGCCUCUUCGGAGGCAAAGCCAAGCAGAUUACGAGAGGCCAGCAUGCCUUUCCAAACCUGGACUCCUGACACCUCAAGAAUUCAGAAAAGGUCAUAUCAGCGGGCCUACGCGCGAUCAUUCCGCGACGGCGGCGCGUUCUAUCGAGGCAGCUGGAAGACACCUGAUUGGUUCCAACGUGCUUCAGUCCGCCCCGUGUAUCUCCCACAAUUUCGCACAGCAGCCCCAACCUCUGGUACCAGGUCCAUCCGAAUGAUGACAUGGAACGCGCGUGGAUUGAGCAGCGACGUGUACCAGGAAUUGCUCACUGUCGUGCGCGAUCAGGGGAUGGACGUGUGCCUUGUUCAGGAGACGAAAUGGGCUGCGGACAACUGCUGGAGCUCGGCUGACUUCCACUUCAUCCACUCUGCUGGGAAAGGAAAGUUGGACAAGGUGGGCGGACUGCUCACCAUUGUCUCUACAAGACUCGCUAGAAGGGAUGAUCUACAAUACCAAGGUGUCCAUCCAGGACGACUUCUACACGUCCGGGCUCAGACAGGCAAGGUCUGUGGGCCACACGUGCUACCGGUUGUGGAGACACACAAGUCGGACUACAUGGACCUGCUCCAUCUUUGUGAGGCGCAAUCGCUGCUGGUUCUUAACUCCUGGAAGGCUCUGUCUGCCGAGCAUACACUAGCUACCUUUACGUUUGGUAAGCUCCAGUCCCAGAUUGACGACGUGAUGGUCAGGCACAGCAUGGCCACUACCGAGGCCCGGAAGGCUGGGGUAAUUCGAAACUAUCCGGUGGCCAGCUGGCGGGAGGGAGCAAAUCAUCAUGCAGUGGAGGCUACGCUCCCCCUUCCUCGGCCUCUUUGGUUAUCCAGGCCGAAACCACCUGCUGUACAUCAAAUUGAUGUGCCCCAAAUGAUAGCCGACAUCAGGGCUACCACGCCGACUUUGGCGCUCAGUGCUUUCCGAGCGGAGGUUGCUGAUUGUGUCCGUCCGGAUCUGCACAUGAUGGAUAGUGUAGUCCUUCAGGCAGCGCUCAAGCACUACCCCCAAAAAGGAGCCGCCAAAGCAGCCACCAACUCAACCAGAAGAACUUGCCAGCAGUGCCAGACAUUUGUGGGCUUUGCACCGCCAAAUGAAGGCACAGAAAUUUACGGCCAAGGGCAUUAUGGAGGCCUGGAAACUCUGGGCUCAGUUUGCGAAAGCUCACAAAAUUUACAAGCAGCGUGCAAAAGCACGAUCGAAGGUCAAACGGGAUGA